CUCGAUCAGCUUAUGGGAACAGCAAGAAAUGGUGAGACCAACCGCUUCUCUACCAAAUUCUACGACAACAAAGUAUGUAAAAGUUUUUUGUUAGGCUGCUGUCCACAUGAGAUCCUUGCAUCAACGGCAGAAAUGACUGUUGGCUUUGUAAUAGUCCAGUAGAAGGAUCCCUAGUGAAGCAACUGACACGAGAUUUUUUUUGAACCUUCUAAAUCAUUCGUCCCGAGCAGUCACUCUAGUAUAGUCAGAUGCAACCAAAUGUCCCCCUCUGAUUCUAUUGCAGACACGUCGCUACUCCUAACACUUUCAGUUGUACCUCUUCCUGUGUCGGCAUUAAGAAAUAUAGAUUGGUUCUAGACCGUAGAAAGGCGGCACCCGUCCAAGCGCUACCGGUUAAGACGGGUGUCAGUCUCUGGUAGGCAAUCCGAUGAUCGUAAGUACUAUUCUAACCGGAAGACUGUGAUCAUCCUAAAUCUCAAAAAAAAAAAAAAUCAAAAACAUAAAAACAAGCGUUUUGUGUAUCACCUCUUUCAAGCAGGAUCGCUUUUGGUUUGUUUGAGUUGUAUUGAAGUCAUCUCGAAAAAAAAGUUGCUCUCGCUCUGCAACGCAACGAAACCGCGGACACACCAGUCGCAGUUUACGUAAGUGUUAAGUUUUCUUGCUUAUUUGACCGACUAGAACUGAGUGGAAAGAUCCAGUCAGCUUGACUAUUAAACGACAGUUCGCGCUACCUGGCCAAUGAUUUGCAGUUUUUUUCUCUGAUGGCCAGUGGCUUUUGUUCAGGAAAACCUAAUGACUGUUGUAGUAGUAGAAAUGACGUGACAAUCUCUGUUUGAAAUAUAUUUUGAAGCAGAUAAAACUAAAUAUCGAGACUAGAUAUAUCGCCAAACUAAAUUGCAUUUUUUCUCGUGAACUUCGAAAGAGGACUAGUUAAAUUGGAAGUUCAGAUCAUUCAGCUAAAUAUAUUAUCGAUGUAAUAACUACUCGAAAAGUCGAACAUUGAUACUACAUUUCUAGAAUAGACUAAGGUGGCAUUAAGUGUAAUUACUGCAACAGUCAUGACUGUGUACCCUCCUCUCAGCCACUGGUCUAUAAUCAAUAAUUUUCCACACCCUGUAGUUCGUGUCUUCAAUAGUAGUCAGAGUUGAAAUCCACUAAUGGGUACGUAUAUAAAAAAUAUACUAAACUAGUAAAUUGAUCAUCGCCAUCACCGCCGUCGUCGUCAUGGGUAUUUACGCGCGAUUUGGUAUGUACAAACUGUAAUCUUCUGUAACAUCCAUGUUUUACACACACUCCCAAAAUUCAAAACAAUAGAAGAAAUCGUUUAACCUCCAUGUUUUAGCAACUAUGAAUUUUUUAAAUGCCUCUGGAAGAGCCCGUAAUAGUUGGCCCUUUCUCAGACGAUGUUACAAAGUGUGUCCUAAUCUCUUGAAGUAGAAAUAUCGCCGGCAGUGUGCGUUACGAUUGUCGGGUGUUCCGACGCAAUCUCAACCAAUAGUGCGGAAUGCCGAGGGUUGCCGAAUGUCCUUCGAACGUACGUAUACUAUUUUUUUAGUUAGAAAUGCUGUUUUGUGCAGAUCAAUUGGUGAUUUUUUAUCUUUAAUUUCUAAAGAAAUGAUUUUUGGGUUAUUUCCUCUUCGAGCGUCGUUCGCGUUUUGGUAUGUAAAUGACGAAGGACUAUGUUCAAAAAACUCAGUAAUUGUUUGAUGUAUAGAAACAUUGCCCUGUUUCUUGUUCUAGACCCUUAGCUCGAGUGGCGGGGAGAUUAUGUUGCGUUUAUUUGGUGAGUAAAAAUCAAAGCUAAAACUUGAAGAAUGUUGUUACAAAUCUAAUGUAUGCUACCGAUGCAUUCUAAAAUGAAAUAUUUUCAAAGAAUAGAACUUUAUUAAACUAUGAAAUGGCGAAAUAGGAAUGUCAAGAAUCAUUAGAAAUAGCAAAUCUUUUAAAACUGAAAUAUAGGAAGGAAUAUGUUUUGCAGUAAAUCAAUACGUUUGAAAUUGAUAAUUAGUUUCCUUUAUAAAAAGACUAGUACGAAUAGCCAGCUUAUUGUCUAUAUUAUAAGUGGCCACAAAUCUAGUAAAAUCUAGUACCUAUACAGCAAGACAUAUUUUGAAAUUUCUGGAAAUCGGAAUGAAGAACGAAUUCACAAUAGUUGAUUGAAAAACUACAUUAAACAAUCAUUACUGAUUAGCAUCCGUUUUCUUUUUUCUUGCACAGCGCAUGGACUUGGGAGAGUGCCCCAAAGUGCACGAUCUUGCCCUUAGAGCCGACUUUGAGAACGCAUCCAAAUCGAAGGACUAUUACUACGAUGUUGACGCUAUGGAACAUCUGCAGGCGUUCAUUGCUGAUUGUGACCGUCGGACGGAAGCGGCCAAAAAGCGAUUGGCGGAAACGCAAGAGGAGCUAACCGCGGAGGUUGCCGCCAAGGCAAAUGCGGUGCAUGAACUGGCAGAGGAAAUUGGUAAGAAACUUGCUAAAGCCGAAGCUUUAGGUGAAGCAGGACAGGUAGAGGAGAGCAUGAAGCUGAUGUCGGAAAUUGACGAGCUGCGGGCGAAAAAAAUCAAGGCGGAACAAGAGUACCGAAGUGCCAUUCCGGCUAGCAGUUAUCAGCAGCAAAAAUUGCGUGUUUGCGAGGUUUGCUCGGCCUAUUUGGGCAUUCACGACAACGACGUUCGAUUAGCGGAUCAUUUUGGGGGUAAGCUUCAUUUGGGGUUUUUGGCAAUUCGUGAAAAGCUGGCAGAACUCGAGAAAACGGCAUUGCCCCGCCAGAAGGAAUUGAGAAAAAAUGGACGGCGUGAUGGCGACUUUGAUGAUGGCCGUGGAAGGUCACGUUUUGUUGGCGGACGGGAAUUGGAUAGACGUUCACGAGCUCUGGUGACAAGAGAUCUAGACCGUCGUGAUAAUGCGGAUGAUUCCAAAAAGCUGGACGUUCGUCGUCGUUCAAAAAGUCGAGAACGACGUUCGAAAAGUCGCGAUCGAAAAUCUGAAAGAGACAGAGAUACCAGAGAUCGAGAAAGAGAUCGGGAACGAGAACGUGACCGAGACCGUAAUCGUGACCGGGAUCGUGAUCGUGACCGCAACCGAGAUCGCGAACGUGACCGCGAUCGUGAUCGUGACCGCGACAACCGUGAUCGACGUCGCCGCUCUCGGUCUCGCUCAAGGGAAAGGUCCAGACGGUAAGCAUUUCCCCUCACAAUGUGACAGAAACAAGAUCACUUCUUAAACAGAAUCAUGAGCAAAGAAGUUAACGAAUGCAAGGAUACACAAUAUUGAUGUGCGGAAAUGGCAAAUUUUGAAGUUUGUUGCAUUUGAACAACUUGACUAGGUAAUAGCUACUAAUCUAAAAACAAAACAACAAAAAAACAGCAUAAACCAUAACGAACAAAUUUGUUCAAACGUUCGUUUUUCUUUUCCCAAAUGUGGAUUGCGCAGCAGGAAAGUUUUUUCCGUGUGAGAUGAAGCAUUUGGAUAUGUUUGUUAUCCGGUUAACAAGUUGAAUAAACAUACUACGGCGAUCAGACGUACAAACUAAAUACAAACUAUUGAAUUUAUAAAACCGCUACAUUUUGCGGUAAGGUGGUAAUAAACAUAGUAAACUAUUUUGUCAUUCGCGUAGCUGCAAUAUAAUCCUGCACAGGUAAUUUUAGGUAACAUGUAUUUCACAGUCUUAAUAAGUGAUGUCCAUCCUCACGCGUAUAGUGUUUUCUAUCAGGAUUCGUGCUCGUCAUGAUUGGUAAGAACAUUUUUAUUGAUUUUUAACAUCAAGUUGUAAGAAAAAUACUGUUCCUGAUAAAUUCACCAUCCCUUUGCUAAUCACCUAUCCCUAGAAUAUUGUCAAAAACGUUCCAACGGCAAAGAUUUCACCCAAACUCUCCUGAACUAUUUCUAUAGUGAGCAGUGAAUUAUAACCGGUAACGCUAAAUCCAUAUAUUUUACCAACACGCUUGACUCCAAGCUUAAACUUUGCCUCAGAUAAAAUGUUAUUAUUUUUAAGAUAGUUACUAUUCUGGUGUCCUUGGUGGAAAUCGAGCUAUUGAAUAAGAACAAAAUAAAUUAAAAAAAAGUGA